AUGGUUUCCGACAAAAGGGAAUUGCGCCAAUCAUACAACGUGCAUCGAGAUUCGUUUGAGGACAUUGUGCUACUGAACUGUGGUGCAAACUUCGAUGUGGUGGAAGCUCUAGAACCCCCACAGAAUGCUAUUUUCUACGUUUGUGACAGGUAUGCGAUUGUCGGUCAGACAUCUCAAUUACUCACUCAUUCGAUCAACCGAGAGCAUUAUGUUGAUCAGCUGGACUAUCUCCAGAGUCACGUGAGUCGUCUGGGACACGCAGUUCAAACACACUCAGCUACCAGUGUUGUUGAAGAAAGCAAGGCCAAAAUUGAAAUAGUUUUUGAAGAUGAACUGGCUCUUUGGCUAUAUAAACAUUGGAGCUUGAAAGAAACAAUGGAAACAAGCAUGCUAACGGCAUCACGAUUUAAGCUGUUCACUGAAGGCGGUCAAAAACGCCUGUUGGAAUUUUUGGUUCACAUCGGGUAUGGUUAA